CUCUGUAUAUUUUACAUUAUGGAAAUCCAAACAGACUUUUGUUUAACAAUCUUGGCUGUAUAGUCAUAAUGUUCUGGAAAAAAAAUACAAAGACCAAGAGAAUUAAUAGAGUAAAACUAGUCAGCGUAUUUUUAAAGGAAACCUUGAAUAAAUGCACAUCACAUUUUUAAAAGUCUCUUGCCUUUGUAAACUGUAAGCAGUAGAUAUAUUUAUUCUCUCUCUCUCUUUCUCUCCACUUUCUAUACUUCUAUUUUUAAUCCUGUCACCUCUCCUGUUUUACACUGAUGCCUACUGAUAGUGCAAGUCUGUGUUGUUCCAGAAUAUGUUCUCUUCCCAGUGGUGAUCUGUUUAUUGUGGCAGUGAUUUAAAAUGCAAGUGCCCUGGGGCUGUUCACAGAAUUAUUACUUUUUUCCUUCUCUUUAUACUGAGAUAUGAACAUUGCUUACAAUAUCCUGUAGCUGACACUUGAGCAGCUUUUGACAUUAGGUAUUCUACUUGAACGUCUUAAAGUUUAAGGGUCAGUAAUUCCAUAUGCUUAGUCAUGAAACAGGCUUUUUACAAUUCUUUGAAGAUCUUGCUGACACCUUUCCUGGCAGUUGAUUUUCUUUGAAAACACACUGUAACAAUUUUAACCUCUCCUUUUUUGGAUGGUGUAAUAGCAUAGUCAUGUAAAACCCUUCGGAUUUCAGGAAUUUGCUGCACUGACAAAAGAAUUGAAUGCCUGUCGAGAGCAACUUCUAGAAAAAGAGGAAGAGAUCUCUGAACUUAAAGCUGAAAGAAAUAACACAAGACUGCUACUGGAGCAUUUGGAGUGCCUUGUGUCACGGCAUGAAAGGUCAUUAAGAAUGACGGUGGUAAAACGGCAAGCUCAGUCACCCUCGGGAGUGUCCAGCGAAGUUGAGGUUCUCAAGGCGCUGAAAUCUUUAUUUGAGCACCACAAGGCCUUGGAUGAAAAGGUAAGGGAGCGACUGAGGGUUUCUUUAGAAAGAGUCUCUGCACUGGAAGAAGAACUAGCUGCUGCUAAUCAGGAGAUUGUUGCCUUGCGGGAGCAAAAUGUUCAUAUACAAAGAAAAAUGGCGUCAAGUGAGGGAUCCACAGAGUCAGAGCAUCUUGAGGGGAUGGAACCUGGCCAGAAAGUCCACGAAAAGCGUUUGUCAAAUGGCUCUAUAGACUCAACAGAUGAAACCAGUCAAAUAGUUGAACUACAAGAAUUGCUUGAAAAGCAAAACUAUGAAAUGGCCCAAAUGAAAGAACGUUUAGCAGCCCUUUCUUCCCGAGUGGGAGAGGUGGAACAGGAAGCAGAGACUGCAAGAAAAGAUCUCAUUAAAACAGAAGAAAUGAACACUAAAUAUCAAAGGGACAUUCGGGAGGCUAUGGCACAGAAGGAAGACAUGGAAGAAAGAAUCACCACUCUUGAGAAGCGUUACCUCAGUGCUCAGAGAGAAUCUACCUCCAUACAUGACAUGAAUGAUAAACUGGAAAAUGAGCUGGCAAAUAAAGAAGCCAUCCUACGGCAGAUGGAAGAGAAAAACAGACAGCUACAAGAACGUCUCGAGCUGGCUGAACAAAAGUUGCAGCAGACUAUGAGAAAAGCUGAAACCUUGCCUGAAGUAGAGGCUGAACUUGCUCAGAGAAUUGCAGCCCUAACAAAGGCUGAAGAGAGACAUGGAAAUAUUGAAGAACGUAUGAGACAUCUAGAAGGUCAACUUGAAGAGAAGAAUCAAGAACUUCAAAGAGCUAGGCAAAGAGAGAAAAUGAAUGAGGAGCAUAACAAAAGAUUAUCUGAUACAGUGGACAGACUUCUGACUGAAUCGAAUGAACGCCUACAGCUACACUUAAAAGAAAGAAUGGCUGCUCUGGAAGAGAAGAAUGUUUUAAUUCAAGAAUCCGAAACUUUCAGAAAGAAUCUUGAAGAAUCUUUACAUGAUAAGGAAAGACUAGCAGAAGAAAUUGAAAAGCUGAGAGCUGAACUUGACCAGUUGAAAAUGAGAACUGGCUCUUUAAUUGAACCCACAAUAUCAAGAACUCAUCUAGACACCUCAGCUGAGUUGCGGUAUUCAGUAGGAUCCCUAGUGGACAGCCAGUCUGAUUACAGAACAACUAAAGUAAUAAGAAGAGCAAGGAGAGGCCGCGUGGGUGUGAGAAGAGAUGAGCCAAAGGUGAAAUCACUUGGGGAUCAUGAAUGGAACAGAACGCAACAAAUAGGAGUACUAAGCAGCCACCCAUUUGAAAGUGACACUGAAAUGUCUGAUAUUGAUGAUGAUGACAGAGAAACAAUUUUUAGCUCAAUGGAUCUUCUCUCUCCAAGUGGUCAUUCUGACGCCCAGACUCUAGCUAUGAUGCUUCAGGAACAAUUGGAUGCAAUUAACAAAGAAAUCCGGCUGAUUCAGGAAGAAAAAGAAUCUACAGAGUUACGUGCUGAAGAAAUUGAGAAUAGAGUGGCCAGUGUGAGCCUGGAGGGCCUGAAUUUGGCUAGGGUCCACCCAGGUACCUCCAUCACUGCCUCUGUUACAGCUUCAUCACUGGCCAGUUCAUCUCCCCCGAGUGGACACUCAACGCCAAAGCUCACCCCGAGAAGCCCAGCCAGAGAAAUGGACAGGAUGGGAGUCAUGACACUGCCAAGUGAUCUAAGGAAACAUCGGAGAAAGAUUGCAGUUGUGGAAGAAGAUGGUCGGGAGGAUAAAGCAACAAUUAAAUGUGAGACUUCUCCUCCCCCUACACCCAGAGCCAUCCGGAUGACUCACACCCUCCCUUCUUCCUACCACAAUGAUGCCCGGAGUAGUUUAGCUGCCUCUCUUGAGCCAGAAAGCCUUGGGCUUGGCAGUGCCAAUAGCAGCCAAGACUCUCUUCACAAAGCCCCCAAGAAGAAAGGAAUCAAGUCUUCAAUAGGACGUUUGUUUGGUAAAAAAGAAAAAGCACGACUUGGGCAGCUCCGUGGCUUUAUGGAAACUGAAGCUGCUGCUCAGGAAUCUUUGGGCUUAGGCAAACUUGGAACUCAAGCUGAAAAGGAUAGAAGACUGAAGAAAAAGCAUGAACUUCUUGAAGAAGCUCGGAGGAAAGGAUUGCCUUUUGCCCAGUGGGACGGACCCACUGUGGUCGCUUGGCUAGAGCUCUGGUUGGGAAUGCCUGCCUGGUAUGUGGCAGCUUGCCGAGCCAACGUGAAGAGUGGUGCCAUCAUGUCUGCUUUAUCAGACACUGAGAUUCAGAGAGAAAUUGGAAUCAGCAAUCCUCUGCAUCGCUUAAAGCUCCGAUUAGCAAUCCAGGAGAUGGUUUCCCUAACAAGUCCUUCAGCUCCUCCAACAUCGCGAACUCCUUCAGGCAACGUUUGGGUGACCCAUGAAGAAAUGGAAAAUCUUGCAGCUCCAGCAAAAACGAAAGAAUCUGAGGAAGGAAGCUGGGCCCAGUGUCCUGUUUUUCUACAGACCCUGGCUUAUGGAGACAUGAACCAUGAAUGGAUUGGAAAUGAAUGGCUGCCCAGCCUGGGGUUACCUCAGUACAGAAGUUAUUUUAUGGAAUGCUUGGUUGAUGCAAGAAUGUUAGAUCAUCUAACAAAGAAAGAUCUUCGUGUCCAUUUAAAAAUGGUGGAUAGUUUCCAUCGAACAAGUUUACAGUAUGGAAUUAUGUGCUUAAAAAGGUUGAAUUAUGACAGAAAAGAACUAGAGAGAAGACGAGAAGCAAGCCAACAUGAAAUAAAGGAUGUGCUGGUAUGGAGCAAUGAUCGAGUUAUUCGCUGGAUACAAGCAAUUGGACUUCGAGAAUAUGCCAAUAAUAUUCUUGAAAGUGGCGUGCAUGGCUCACUUAUUGCCCUGGAUGAGAACUUUGACUACAGCAGCUUAGCUUUAUUAUUACAGAUUCCAACACAGAAUACUCAGGCAAGGCAGAUUCUUGAAAGGGAAUACAACAACCUCUUGGCCCUGGGGACUGAACGACGACUGGAUGAAACUGAUGACAAGAAUUUUAGACGUGGCUCAACCUGGAGAAGGCAGUUUCCUCCUCGUGAAGUACAUGGAAUCAGCAUGAUGCCUGGAUCCUCAGAAACCUUGCCAGCUGGAUUUAGGUUGACCACAACAUCGGGGCAGUCGAGGAAAAUGGCCACGGAUGUUGCUUCAUCAAGACUGCAGAGGUUAGACAACUCCACUGUUCGCACAUACUCAUGUUGACAAGCCACUCAAAGGAGGCAGCACUGACCUGCUAUGUCGUGUUUUCAGUCUACUCUACCUAAAGUGCAUCUAAAGUACUCCACCAUCUAAGAAGAUGAGCAGUGAAACCUCUGUGAAGACCGAAUUCGAAGGAAAUAAUGACAAGUCGUGAUUUAUUAAAAAUAAAAUGUGAUUCCGGGGGUUAUCAGAUAUCAAAUUUGAUUAGUUUACUACAAUUGUAAUAAAAUGCUUAAGUCAUUUGAAUAAGAAGCAUCAUCCACAUCAUAAAUUCUGUACAACAGAUGCUUUUAUGAAAUGGAGCCACUUGUUUUUCAUGUUGUAAUAUACUAGGCAUUUAUGUAUUACUGUGUAUUUCUUUUUAAAUGUGUAAGUCUUAUGUAAAUGGAUAUAAAUAUGAUUUUUUUAAAAAUAAAAUAUAUGGUUCAUGGAGUCUUGAGUGCAAACAUUUGACAAUUCCAAGUACUGUUUGUAUUUUACCAUUUCACCAUUUUUACAGUUUUUGAAUUGUAACAAGUCAAAUCAAUAUGUUUCCUCGAAGCAUGUUUCAUGCUUCAACAUGUUUCUCCUUCAAGUCUGUUAAUCCUUAAAGCUGAAUACCUGCCUCUGAUCAUGUAAAAAAGAAUGAUUUAACCUGGAACUGGAGCCAAAAAUGACCUUUAAAGGCAAUCAGGGAUGUCCUUAUCUCUAGAAAUAGCACUGUGAUGGCUUGAUCUCCUUUUCAAUACAAAACAAAGCCAAACUGUUUACGAGUCAAAAGCAAUUAUUUAAACAAAUUUAUAUUAAAAAAAAUCUUCUCUUGUUACCUGUGGACCAAGAAAAAACAAAACAAAACAAAAAAAAUAAAACACUUCUUUCCUAAUAAACACAUGUUCAUUCAAAUACCUUGAACCGUCAGCCCACACUGGACAGUGAAUGUCAACCACAGCAGAGACUGAGGCUCAUUUCCACUGGAAAAACAGAAC